GUGCAGUGUCAGGAGGACAACAUGGUGGUCACUGUAUUGAAGGAUCUGUAUGGGAAUGGAAAGCAGGUGAAGGCCUCAGACCUCACUUUAGGAUCCCAGCUCUGUGGGCCCAGUUUCCAGAGGGAAGACAGUGUUGUAUUCCAGAAUGGGCUGCAGGAGUGUGGAAUCCAGUUACAGAUGUCCCCAGACUUUGUAACUUACAGCACAGAAAUUACCUACAAACCAACGCCAUUAGGUAAUGCUCCAAUCGUCCGGACCAAUGAUGCUGUCACUUUAAUCAAGUGCUAUUAUCCAAGACAUGGUAAUGUAAGCAGUGAUGCCAUUAAACCAACAUGGGUACCCUUCAUCACCACUAUAUCUGUGGAAGAAAAGCUAAUCUUCUCUUUACAACUCAUGAACGAUGACUGGAGUGCUCCAAGAACAUCUAUGGCCUUCCAGCUGGGGGAUGUCUUCCAUAUUGAAGCCUCUGUGGAUAUUGCCAACCAUGUGCCUAUGAUGGUGUUUGUUGAUAGAUGUGUGGCCACAUUAUCUCCAGAUGCCAACUCUAAUCCGCGUUAUGACAUCAUUGACUUGAAUGGGUGUCUGCUGGAUGGAAAGCAAGAAGAUUCCUCCUCGGCAUUCAGACCUCAAAGACCCCAGCCAAACAAGAUCCAGUUUACAGUUGAUGCUUUCAGGUUUAGUGGGAUGGAGGUCUCCACAAUCUACAUAACCUGUAAUCUAAGAGCUGUUCCAGUCACCCAGACACCAGAUCAUAUGAAUAAGGCCUGCUCCUUUAGCAAAAUCGCCAACACUUGGUCCCCUCUGGAAGGCACCAGCAACAUCUGUAUAUGUUGUAACACUGGAAACUGUGCAGUCCCUGAUGGACAGAGCAGAAGGAUGGGGUCAUACACUGGUAGAAGACAUUGGAAGAGAAGAGCUGGACUUGAUCACACUACUGAGCAAGGCUUGGUGGUUGGACCCAGUAACCAUAAAGAGGAUCACUCUGAGCAAGGCUUGGUUGCUCUUGGACCACUAGUGGUGGUUGGACCCAGUAACCAUAAAGAGGAUCACUCUGAGCAAGGCUUGGUUGCUCUUGGACCACUAGUGGUGGUUGGACCCAGUAACCAUAAAGAGGAUCACUCUGAGCAAGGCUUGGUUGCUCUUGGACCACUAGUGGUGGUUGGACCCAGUAACCAUAAAGAGGCUGAAAACAAAGCAGCAGAGGUGGUUGAACCCAGUAACUAUAACGAGGAUGAAACCAAAGCAACUGCAAUGAGGCAGGAGCCCAUACACUUUGAAGUCUGGGUUUUAAUAACAAUGACUUGUCUAAGUCUUGCUGUUCUGGUGGCUUGUGCUGCUGUGAUUGUAAAAUAUGUAUUUAAGAAAUAG